UAUAGUUUUGUGUGAAGUGGUGUGAAGGAUCUUCUGACAUUUUUUAGUAAAUUUUUUUCUGCCAAUAUCGUAUAAAUUAUCAGUACUGGUUUUGAUUCUCAAUUAUUUAACUAUUCUAUGUUUGCAUAAAAAGCAAAACAAAAACACUACGAAAAACACUAAAUGUCAGAUGUUUCUCUAUUGUUGUUAUAAACAAUUGAAAGUUUAAAACCUGUUCUCGUAAAAUUAAUUUCGUCAUCAACAUUUAGAAAAGAAAUUCAAAAACAUGAAUUCUUUCAAGAUGAAGAGAUUUCUGCCCAAUGAGUGCUAUAUUUGUAAAUCGAGGGACAAUUUAAAAAGAUGUGAAUGCAACAUGAUUUCCUAUUGCUCCGAAGCACAUCGAUUAGAGCAUUUGCAAGUUCACGAAUAUUUUUGCAACGUAAUCAAAACAUUAUUGAUUGAAAAGGGAUUGUCGCACAUUUAUGAUGAGUUUACAAAUUUACCUACGUCUUAUUGGCAAACAAGGCUAAUUGUAAUUUACGAAGAAAUAGUUGUCAAAUUAGAAAGGGAAAUAAGUCCAUUGGAAUUUGUAAUGUUUAUUCGUGCGCGAGUGUGUUUCGUGUGUCGUCAAACAAAACAAGAAACUCUAACAAAUUGUCCUCAUUGUCCAGUGGCAAGUUUUUGCGAAGAACAUCCUCAGAGUAAAAUUCACAGCAUGAAUUGUAAACUAAUUAAUCGAUACUUAAACAUUCUGAAUACAGCGGAGGAAUUUAAUAUAAAUUUAGAAUUUCUGUCUUCUACUUUUCCAAAUAUUACAGAAGAGACUUCAAGAAGUAUUAAAGGUUAUCUCACAUCGACAUACGAAGAAAGUGACAUGGAAUCAAAGUGCCUUGAAUCUAGAUUACUGAAAAUGGGCCUCAUUAACUUUAUGGACGUGGCUUCAAAACUCAAUAACGUCUUACAGAAAAUAUACGACAAGUUUCCAAAAAAAUUACUCAUUCAUAUCGAUGCCCUCUCCUCUAAUCAUGUAAUUACAAAAAAAAAUUAUUGGGAAUUUCUCCUACAUCUCAAUCCACAGAUAAAAAAGCUAAAAAUUGUCAUCACUCAAACUGAAAAACGGAACAAUUCUAAGAAGUCUCUUUGUGAAAAUUGCAUUUCGAACAAAAAGGAACUAAUUGUUGAAUAUUUGUCAAAAUCCUACGAAGACUACAUUCUAGAUGAAAAUUAUCAAAAACCAAAUAUUCUCUUUUUUGUUAAAAUCGUCAAUGAAUUUGAUUCUGAAAGUAUAAAUAAGUGGAGUGAAUUUAGUUUUCCCGUUGUUUUGCGAUUUGAAUCGAAUUCAAUUAUUUGUGAAGCACAACAUUUUCUUUCGUUCUCCAGGGCAAAGUUUCGAUUUAUUUUUGGAGGAAAAUUGUCAGUGCCAUUCGUUAUAUUAUCCUCCAUUGAAAAUGAAGAUUAUUUUUUAAUUUUGCAAUCGAAGGGAAACAAAGAAUGUCAAAAAUCUGUUUCUUCGGCAGCUGGCGAAAUCAACGAAACAAAUACUCCGUCGACAUCGAAACGUUCAUUUGCUGCUAUUUCCGAACCCGGACAAGAGGAGGAAGGAGAGAAGAACAAAAAAUCAAAAAUUGAAAAUUGCUCAAUGUCUACAGAUAAGGGAAAUAUUGAUCCAAAUGGCGAAGACAGAAAAAUUGCCAAAGAGAACGAUAAAGUUAAUUCUCAAUCGUAUCUAAUCGAACACAUUUCGUAUCUUAAAAAAGAAAACGAAGGCUUACGGCAACAAUUAAAUUUAUCAGUUAACGAGAUAACAAAACUGCAAACAAAACUCGAUCAAGUUUCAUCUUUCGAUUUAAACAAAAUUUUACGAGGUAUUGUUGAUUCUGGAGAGACACUACAAUGAAAGACGUAUAGCUUCAGAGUGUGAAAAAAAUAAAAUUUAAAAAGGCGCAAAAAUUCCUCCAUGAUUAUACCUUUUAAAAAGAAUCGUUACUUUUUUUGGGAAUUUAAAAUUCAAACACUAUUUUCCUUUAUUUUUUUUACAUUUUCAGUAUUUUUUCAUUUGAAAAGUGUUUCAAUAGAAAAUGUAAAUAUAUUUGUAUAUAAUA